AUGGCACAAAAAGCUCUGAAGGGAAAGUCCCGCGCGAAGAGUGUUGGAGCUCUGCGCAAGUACGUUGGUGAGUCCAAGAAGAAGACAGUCCACACAAAGAGCAAAAAGACAGUGGAGGCAAAAGCACGAGCAAACUACAUCGCUUCUGUGGAGUCUCAUAUGGCUGCCCGUGUGCCAUCUGACCAGCGUGGCCGAAUGACUAUUAUUAAAGCCACUGGCCCAGACGCAGUAGUAAAGAAAAAGAAGAACAUGAAGAAGCCUCUGACCAGAGGGCGUAAGCGUAAGGGAGCGAAGAAGGCGUAA